AUGGAAGCAGCUAUCUGUAGGAGCCUCAUCGCAAACAGCGACCCCGACACAGGAGUAUCUGCGGACGACGGAGACGUGAGCGACAGAGGAUGCCUGAAAUACACGAUAGACGUCGAGGACGACCCAGCUUCCAACGACACUUUCGUCAUCUCUGCGGACACGGGACAAAUUCAUCUCCUAAGGGCGCUAGACCGUGACGCCCCAGCCGGCAGACCAACAUGGCACAUCAAAGUAAGAGCAACGGACGGCCUUCACACAGCACAGGCUGUCGUGCACGUGAAUGUGAAGGACAUCAAUGACAACGGUCCUUUUUUCCCGAGCGGUGUCAUCAAUGCUACCGUGAUGGAGAAUUCACAGGCCGGGACAGAAGUCAUUCAAGUCUCAGCCAUGGACUACGACGAUCCACAGGAGGGCACCAAUGCCAUUUUGAGUUACUCCGUGGAGAAGAACGUCAUAGACGAGCACUCGGGACAACCCAUAUUUGUUAUCGAUUCCGAUAGUGGUGUACUUCGAACAGCCCGAUGCUGUCUAGAUCGUGAGAGAACUCCUUCUUACGCCAUUCAGGUGGUGGCAGCGGAUGGUGGAGGGCUUAAAGGAACUGGCACAGUGGUCGUAACGGUGGGAGACGAGAACGACGUCGGCCCCAGAUUCUCCCGCCCGAAAUGGCUCCUGACCGUGCGUGAGGCAGUCCCCCUAAACACCACUUUGGCACUUCUAACUGUCGAAGACCCGGACAUCACCAACCAAUUUCUCUUUAAGGUCCUUCCUGGCAGCGGAUACGGUUGGGAAAGGUUCCAGGUUGUGUCGGUUGGGAAUGGCAGCGGCGCUCUGCAGCUCCUGGAAAAGCUGGACUUUGAGGAUCUGCGGCAGAGGGAGGGCUUCAGGUUUAAAGUUCAAGUGUCCGAUAAAGGAGAAAGAGGUCUCAACGACAGCCAUCACCAGUCAGUGACUUGGGUCGUUGUGGAAGUCAUUGACGACAAUGAUAACAGCCCGGCGUUCUCCAUGCAGACCAUCAACCUGACCUUAUCUGAAGAUGUCCCCGUGGGCACCUCACUCGCGACCUUUACGGCAACUGACCUCGACCAGGGAGAUGCCGGCGAAGUCCAUUACACCAUCGAGGGCACCAGCGACCCUGACAGGCAGUUUCUCGUGGACUCCCUGGGCAUCGUCAGACUUCGGCGGCCCCUAGACCGCGAAAGGCGUCUUCUACACUCCGUGAGGGUCUUGGCAGUGGACGGGGGGCACCCCGCCCUGACGGCGACAGCGUCUCUUGUGAUCACCGUCGUAGAUGUCAACGACAACGCCCCCCACGUUGUGACCAAUCCAGAGGGCAUCCACCUGCAGGAGAAUUCGGGGCCGAGGCACAUCGCCAGCCUGCGGCUGGACGACGCUGACGAUUGGGCAUUGGGGCAUGGACCCCCUUUCAAGGUUUCGCUGGACAAGGAUGCCCCGAGUGAUAUCAAGGACUCUAUUUUGACGUAUUUUGAGGAUGAUGGCGAACGCGGAGGAACAAUCGUCCUGAAAUCUCUGGUAGCUAUGGAUCGUGAGGAGUCGCCCACGAGGCUGGUGCCUCUAGUCCUGUCGGACGCAGAAGGACUUACGACGACCGCUACCAUCACCGUCACGGUAGCUGACGUCAACGAUAACGCCAUGAAGCCUGCGACCAAAACAAUCAAGGUCACGAAGUUUUCCGAGGCAACCGGGUCACUAUCCCUCGGCCGCAUAUAUGUAGAUGACCCGGAUGACUGGGACUCCGCAGAGAAGACUUGGGCCUGGAAUCAGAAGCCCCACAACCUAUUUUCACUUGAUGAGCAUUCUGGACGCAUUCACAUGCAUGGGAAUGCCUCAGAGGGAAAGUACCUGCUACGGUUUUUGGUGAGCGACCCCACCCACGGGCAGGUGAACGUCCCAGCGAACGUCACUGUGACGAUAUCCAACAUCCCACGGGACUCCGUCAGCUGUGCUGUCCCUCUCACGAUCACCUCACAUUCUCCAGAGGCCCUCGUCACCGUGGAUCAGGUUUUUCAGAACCAUGCUGGAAAGGGCACGAGAUUCUCACCUCUUGACCUUCUGAGAACCUCGGUGAUUUCUCUCGCUGGAGUGGACGUGUCCGUGGUGUCCUUGGAAGGGGAUCCUGUCAACGUUCCCAACGCCAACAAGAGAUCCUACGGGACUCGCCUGUGGCUCUCAGCGCGCCCUGUUCAUCCUCUGGAUCAGCUGCUACUUUUGCACAGACUUCAGGUCUCGAAAGAGUCGGGCGUGGAGAUCGUAGACGUCGGCAUGGGAUCCUGUGUGUCUCUUCCUCUACCAAGAGAUCCCAGCGGUUCUGUCGAAACAGGAGGAGGAGGAGGAGGAGAGAAGGAAGAAUUAGUCUGGGUGGUAGACGCCAACACCACCGCCCUGGUCACGCCCCGCCUGGUGGCCAAAUUCAGUGGAUGCGACUGCAACACGAAAUCGAAAUCUGGUCGCCGUCAUCAGUAUCAACACCAGAUUCAAAAUCAAGUUCAGAGCAGCGACGCCUCAGAGUCCGGGCUUCAUCCGAACGUUGCUACGGUGAAGCAUCUGUCUGUCUGUCAAUCAAAUCCCUGUCUCAACGGAGGCCGGUGCAUUGCAGGCUCCUCUGGACCAAGAUGCGUGUGUCCUGCCGGCACAGUGGGACCAAUCUGCAAGCAACUAGGCCGAUACUUCGGAGGGAGCGGUUGGGCAUGGCUGGCGCCCAUCCCGCCAUCUCCGGUAGCCCACAUCAGCCUGGAAAUCAGAACGAGGCGAAGGAACUGCCUCGUUCUUUACUCGGGACCCAGACAUGACCUCUUCGAAGCCAGUGUGCAGCAUCGUCACUUGCAGGAAGACGUGCUGAGUUUGGAGCUGACGAACGGUCACCCUCAACUGUCUGACCUGGGCACCGGACCUGUCUUCUUGGGGCCUGCGAAUGGCUCCGACGUGGCCGAUGAUCGGUGGCAUAGGAUCGACAUUUUCUGGGGUACACAGAGAGCAGAAAUGGUGGUUGAUUUAUGCCAGAAAAAAUAUGACAGCUGUCGGACCUGGGUUCCCCUCCCGUCGCAUGACGAAGGACUGGCCGCCGGAGGUCCUCUGCAGGUCGGGGGGCUGGCCCAUCCAACCCCUCGUCACAGAAUUCACGGUUGGCCAAACGCUAUCAGGGGAGCGCCCUUUCUCGGCUGCGUGAGGAAUCUCAGAAUCAACGGCGAGCUUCGGGAUCUCGGCGAUGGAGUGCUCGGAGAAGACACCUCUCCCGGAUGCCCCAACGAGGACUCGUGCCAAGAAUCCGGGCAAAGAUGCCCACCCCAUGCAAGGUGCGUUGAGAGAUUCGGAGCACCUGAACGGAGCAGCGUCUGCGAAUGCCUUCCAGGAUGGUCCUCGGAAUCUUGUAACCAGAGGACACACCCGACGUCCUUCGGUCCCAAAAGUUACAUCAAGAUGGCCCUGUCGUCCACGCCACCCACUUCCACUACGGAGCUGCAGCUACGAUUUCGAACGUGGGAGGAAUCCAGCCAGAUGCUGGCCGUGACUUCGCAGCACGGAAGGGGUCUGCUGACGGUCCACCUGAUGAAAGGGAGGUUGUGCGUGCAAUUACUGCUGCACCCGGCACCUCUCACUCACUUGUGCCUUCAAAGGAUUCAUCUCAAUGAUGGAAUCUGGCAUAAUGUCAGGGUGCAAAGGUUCGGGAGAUGGGCGGAAUUGAAGGUUGACGGAGGAGACGGGGACUUCUACAACGCUACGCCCACGCCCACCACACCCCACGGGUGGGUAACUGAGCUGGAGAUCGACAGACAGGAAGGAGUCCACGUAGGUGGCUCUCCUGAGUAUGUGGGCGUGACGCUUUACACGGUUCAUCACGACUUCCACCAUGGCUGUCUGGACGACCUCCGAGUCUCGGGAGUCUACCUACCGCUCCCACCUAUGGUGAACACAUCCUCUCGGGCACAGGCCACCAUGUUCACCAACAUCCAGGCUGCCUGCCCGGGAACUUCCUCCGCGUGUGCCAACGUCUCAUGCCCUCGCCCGCUAGUCUGCGUAGAUCUCUGGCAAAAGCAUCAGUGUGGCUGUGUGGAAGGCGCCGUUUUGGCCGCAAAUAGGAAUUCGUGCAUUGACGUCAAUGAGUGUCUCUGGAGUCCUUGUUUCAACGGUGGUACUUGCUCUCAGAUUAACAAAAAAAAACAUGAUGAAGUAUAA